AUGGCGAAUCAACUGGCACUUGGACAUCACAGUCCUCGCAGUGAUGGCCUCGCUUCAAGAAUCCUAGGAAUGCCUGUGGAAAUGAGAGGAUUCACUCCGAGGCAAACCAGUGGUCACAGUAAUUCUUCACCUCCUCAACAAACGAUUUUUCCUAUUCCACGAGUGAAUACUUUAGCUUUUCUUGUGGUAACAACUGUGGUGCAUCCAAACAAUGGCAAUUUAAAUAGGCUCAUCUAA